AGAAGAUGAUGAACAUGGCGGCAUGACGACUAUGCUUGCAGCCCGUGACCACAGUCAUAACUGCCUUAGGACCAUGGCACCCAGCUGCGUCAGUCACAGUGACCACCGCAAAUGCAUUGAUGCUCGGAAUCUGGCUCCAUACACUGUACCAGAAGACGUAGUUCAGAGCUAUAAUAACUCGCAAGUACGGCGAGGAGUGCAUGCCGAUAUUGAUGCAUUCGUGAUCCUUGAGCAGACUGUUUUGACGGACAAGGAUGUGCUGGACGAGAUCAAGAGAUUGAUUGCGAAAUACCGAAGAAAUGGGAGAGCGUACAAAGAUUGGAACAAGCAUCGGAUUGAAGACGAUAGGCCACAGAUUUCGGUGUGAUGUGCGGAGAUGAAGCUCCAGACUUCGUUUUCAUUGCGGUCCCUACUUAUUAAACCUACCCUCCUGCAUACUAAAUGUCCUUUCUGGGAAUACCAUUAUUACCAG